CUGCUGCUGCUGCUGUUGCUGCCCCUGUUGUGGGCUGGGUCUCUGCAGGAGAACUUGGGGUUCAACCUCCAAGUGCCAGAACAAGUGACGGUGCAGGAGGGCCUGUGCGUCUUAGUGCCUUGUGCCUUCUCCUACCCUGGGUAUAAGAUAGGAUCCUCCAGCAAGCUCUACAUCUACUGGUAUAGGAGUGGAUACCAGAAAGUAAAGUAUCCUGUGGCUACAAACGACCCUAGCGUACAUGUGGCAACAAAUACCAGGGACCGGUUCCAGCUCCUUGAACAUUCAGAGAGCGUCAACUGUUCUCUGAACAUCAGUGACGCCAGGCUUCAGGACGCUGGAAGCUACUACCUCUACAUGAAGAGAGGGAAUUCAGGACAUAAUUAUGAAAACACGAGGCUGAAACUGGAGGUGACAGCCCUGACCGAGAAACCUGUAAUCCACUCUCCCAAGCCUCUGCAGUCCGGCCGCCUCGCGCAGCUGACCUGCAGCCUUCCAGGAUACUGCAGAGGAGGCUGACCUCUCACCUUCUCCUGGACCAGGGAUGUCCUGAAGCCCAUGGGCCCUAGAAACACCCACACCCCGGUGCUCACUCUCACCCCACAGGCAAAGGACUACAACACCAGUCUUACCUGUCAAGUGGAACUACAAGGAACCAAUAAGCCUACAGAGAGAACCAUCCUGCUCAAUGUCUCCUACCCUCCACAGCUGCUGGGCCCCUCCUGCUCCUGGGAGGCAGAGGGGCUGCACUGCACCUGUGCAUCCCAUGCCUGGCCGGCCCCCUCCCUGCAGUGGCGUCUGGGGGAGGCGCUACUGGAGGGGGACAGCAGCAACACCUCCAUCACCAUCACCUCCAGUUCAGCGGGGUCCUGGGCCAACAGCUCCCUGAUCCUCCCCGAGGGGUUCAUCUCUAGCCUCAGGCUCAGCUGUGAGGCCCAGAAUGCAAAUGGGGCCCAGAGCACCUGGGUGCUGCUGCUGCCAGGGAAGUCGGAGCCCAGGGCCAGGUCUCUGCUGGCUCCUGCCGCCCUUGGAGGUGCUGGGGCCAUGGCCCUGCUAGGUCUAUGUCUGUGGCUCAUUUUUUUCUGUAUAGUGAAGACGCAUAGGCCUUGUGCCACUGGGAGACCACAGGGCACGGAUGAUGAAGACCCUGUGAUGGGUACAGUCAGCUGGAGGUCCAGGCAGAAGCCCUCACCAGACAGCCCCGGGGACCAAGCAUUACCUGCUGAGACAGCCCUUGCCUCCACAGAACCACAGGAACUCCAUUAUGCCUCUCUCAUCUUUAGUGGGAUGAACUUUCAAGAGUCCUGAGACCAGAAGGUCACAGAAAAUACAGAGUACUUAAAGAUCAAGACAAGCAAGUAAGGACUCCCUCUGAGCUCAGUCCUGGCUCCACCACCCAUCUGAGGUGAAGAAGUCAGAGGCAAACCAUUGAAGCACCCCGAGCCCCUGAGACUGUAGUAACUUCUGUCAGAGCAUCCUCUAGCAUUGUAGAAAGAGGACACCUGGUGCACUGGACAGACUUAGGCUCUGGCGCUAAGGCAGGGAGAAGCAGUAAGACAAGUAUUUCAGUGCUACACCCUGAUAUUCUGGUAUCCAGGUCCAAGUUAAUAAAUAAUCUCACCAAUAAAAAGCAAAGGCCAGGGACCCCCAGGAAUCACCAGGUGGAGGUUCAGGGCCCUCCUUGGCCUCUUGACUGUGACACAUGCAGUGAUCCUUUCUGCCAGCACCUUGCGAGUCCCAUCUACCCUGCUCUCUUCACCAUUCCUGAAACCUUCCACGCUGGCUCAUAAAACCGGGUUCUUCACCACUGCCACCUGUCCCUUGGGAAACCAGGACACCUCCUUUCCUCUGGCUUC